ACUCACCUUUCACUCGUCAACUUUCUCACAUUUACUCUCUUUCUUUCUUUACUUCUCAACAAUGGAGCUCAUAGACUUCAUUAUGCUCUUUUUCGCCAUUGCCUUUUUCCGUUGGUGGUGGCACCGCUGGUCAAAAACCGGCGGUGGCGCCAAAAAUCUCCCACCAGGACCACCUGGGUGGCCGAUUGUCGGCAACCUCUUCCAAGUCAUCCUCCAACGUCGUCCUUUCAUGUAUAUUGUUCGUGAUUUACGUCUAAAAUACGGUCCAAUCUUCACAAUGCAAAUGGGUCAGCGCACAUUGAUUAUAGUCACGAGCGCUGACCUAAUCCAUGAAGCUCUAAUCCAACGAGGCCCACAGUUCGCUAGCCGGCCUAAAGACUCUCCCAUUCGCCUUAUCUUCAGCAUGGGAAAGUGUGCCAUCAACUCUGCCGAGUAUGGUCCAUUAUGGCGUUCCCUCCGCCGUAACCUCGUCUCGGAGAUGAUAUCACCACUUAGAGUGAAACAGUGUAGUUGGAUCAGAAAAUGGGCUAUGGAAGCCCAUAUGAGAAGGAUCCAAAAUGAAGCCCAUGAAAACGGUUUUGUUGAAGUAAUGAGUAAUUGCAGACUCACCAUUUGUAGCAUUCUCAUUUGUCUUUGUUUUGGUGCCAAAAUAACAGAGGAACGAAUAAGAGACAUUGAGAGUGUUCUCAAAGAGGUUAUGCUUAUUACUCUUCCGAAGCUUCCAGAUUUUUUACCAGUUUUAACGCCGUUGUUCCGCGGACACGUCAAGGAAGCAAGAAAGCUACGGAAGAAACAGGUGGAGCUUCUAGCGCCAUUGAUUAGGAAUCGGAAAGCUUAUGUGGACAGCAACGGAAAAUGUGGAGAUCCGGAGAUGGUGAGUCCCAUUGGUGCUGGUUAUGUUGAUUCGUUGUUUGGUUUGGAAGUUCCCGGUAGAGGGAAAUUGGGAGAAGAGGAGUUGGUUACGCUUGUCUCGGAGAUUAUCAGUGCCGGUACUGACACGAGUGCAACGGCGAUUGAGUGGGCGUUGCUUCAUUUAGUGAUGGAUCAAGAGAUUCAAGAGAGGUUGUAUAGUGAAAUUGUUGGGUGUGUUGGGAAAUGUGGUGUUGUUAUGGAUAGUGAUGUUGAAAAAAUGCCUUAUCUUGGUGCAAUUGUGAAAGAGACUUUCCGGCGUCAUCCUCCGAGUCAUUUUGUGCUUUCGCACGCGGCUACGGAGGAGACAAAGCUUGGUGGAUAUACUGUGCCAGCAGAUGCGAGUGUUGAGUUUUACACUGCUUGGUUGACUGAGAAUCCGGAUAUGUGGAAGGAUCCGGAUGAGUUUCGACCCGAGAGGUUUUUAAAUGGAGAUGGAGUGGAGGUAGAUAUUACUGGAACUAAAGAGGUGAAGAUGAUGCCGUUUGGUGCAGGGAGGAGGAUUUGUCCCGCAUGGACAUUGGGGACUUUGCAUAUAAACAUGAUGUUGGCGAAAAUGGUGCUUGCUUAUAGGUGGUUGCCGCUUCCGAAUUCCCCGCCCGACCCGACUGAGACAUUUGCUUUCACUGUUGUCAUGAAGAAUCCUCUCAAGGCUGUUAUUGUUCCUAGAUCCAUUUAAGUUGGUUUGGUUUACUACACUUACAUAUACUUUAUCAUUGGCAUAAUGCUAGUAAUUUGUUAACUCAUUAAUCAAUAUUUUAGCAGUGCUCUACAAGAAUAGUAUUUUUAGGGCCACUUAAUUGGUCCAUAUGCUGGCUUAUAUUAGUAUAUACUACUGGUAUUGAAUUUGUAAUAUUUCAUGCAACAAUUAGUUUCAUGUGUGAUGCUUGCUAAUAGGCUUCUCCAUUCCUCUGUUUACAAAGGUAAAAUUUUCUUUUACAUAUAAAAAUAGUAUGCUAUAUAAUCAGCUGCAAAUAUUUUGGUUUUAUUGUACUUUUUGUUUCCUUAUUUUAUUAAAUUCAUCAAAAUAGUUUUUUGUUUUAAAAUUAAAUUAUUUUAUGUUUUAUUUUUACAUUUGUUGUAAUUUUAGUCGUAGCUUAUGUUUUAUGUUCUAAAAGUGACGGCUUUUGAUGCCGAAAGAGGUGAAUUUGUCUCAAA